AUGGGUGUCACGCUUUGGCUGGGUACAGGUUUAGUGACCGUAGCAUGCUGUUACAUCCUGUUCAAGCUAACACAACGUUAUGUAGCUACAAGGAAACGUAACGCGAUGAUCGAGAGGUUUCCAGGCAGUAAGGCAAAUAUCCUGUUUGGAAAUUUACUAGAGUACCCAGGACCUAAUGAAGCUGGACUAAAAUAUCAAAGGGACAUGACAGCUCUAUUUCCUCGAAUAUCCAGAGCAUGGCUGGGACCGUUUAUUCCAUUAAUAAUUGUUAAUCACCCAGAGACUGUCAAGGCUAUUAUGAAGACAUCAGAACCAAAAGGAAAACAGAUCUACCGACUGAUUGAGCCCUGGGUAGGAGAUGGACUGUUGCUCUCUGGGGGCAGUAAGUGGAGAAGGAAUCGCAGACUCUUGACGCCAGCAUUCCACUUUGAUAUUCUAAAACCAUACCAGAAGCUCAACAAUCGCACUGCAGAUAUAUUUAUUGAUAAACUUGACAAAUUCCACCUGGAGGGAGAUGGCUACUUUGAAGCUUUUUCACAUGUCUCUCAGUACACAUUAGAUGUCAUCCUGCAAUGUGCAUUCUCCUACAAGACCGACUGUCAGAAUAUAGGAGACAAACAUCCCUAUGUACGCUGUGUAACAGAACUGCUGGAGUUGAUAACAGACAGAUUUUUUAAACCGUGGCUCCAUAAUGACAUUGUCUACCUAUUGACAAGUGAUGGGCGACGCUUUAAGAGACAUUGCGACUUUGUACACAAAGUGGCGGAGGACAUCAUCGCUCAGAGAAGAGAAGCAAUGAAAUUAGAAGACAGUUCGGGGGAAAAAAAGGCACUUGACUUCUUAGAUAUAUUACUGACUGCUAAGGACGAGGAAGGGAUGGGUCUCACUGAUAGUGAGAUCAGAAACGAGGUGGACACAUUCUUGUUUGAAGGCCAUGAUACGACUGCCAGUGCUAUCUCCUGGACUCUGUAUUCAUUGGCAGAACAUCAUGACAUCCAGAAACGAGCCCAACAAGAGAUUGACGAGGUACUUCAGGGACGAGACUCUGACGAUAUUACCUGGGAUGACCUACCAAAACUCACGUACCUGACAAUGUGUGUUAAGGAAGGCAUGAGACUUCACUCUCCAGUCCCAAUCAUUGUAAGGGAGAUAACUGAGAGACUUGAAAUAGAUGGUGAAAUUGUCCCGAUCGGUACAAUGGUCAUUGCUGUUAUCUACAAUACCCAUCACAACCCUGAAGUUUGGGAAAACUCAACGGAGUUUGAUCCAGAAAGAUUCACCGUAGAGAAUAUGGAGAAGCGUGACCCUUUUGCCUUUGUUCCUUUCUCUGCAGGUCCAAGGAACUGUAUUGGACAGAGUUUUGCUAUGCACGAGAUGAAGACGAUCCUUGCAAGGAUACUUCGAAGAUUUGAUUUGGAGCUCGAUCCAAAUCACAAGGUUGAAAAGAAGGAAGCACCAGUGAUGAAAUCCCAAACUGGAAUCAGGAUGAAAGCCACGCCGAGACAGCGUGCAGCAUAAUAUUUUGUGUUGAUGACAUACCUGGUAGUGCUGGUCAGUGGCCGCACACCUUCUAAUCACUUGGGAACAUGGUAGACACUACUUUUCCGAGAAUAGACCGCAAAUCAACACUCUAGGAAUUAAUGCGGUAUUUGUAAACAAACAUCUUCACGGGGAACACAUGUUGUAAUGUGUGUGUAUGGUGUCCGUGCGAAAUAUACAAAUUGAAGUAUACAUGUGUUAUAAUUGACGUUGUCAUAACAAAUGUCUAUGUAUAUCUAAUUAUUUCGAAAACAAAAUAAUGAUCUUCCUGGGUAUUUUGAAUAAAGCGGUACUUCAUAGAUCCAAGCCAAACGAAUAUCUAUACUUACAUCAGUUAAUGGUAACUAAAAAUUCUAGUCAUUUAUCAUUAAUUACACUGUAUUCAGCUAAAACUGUCUGUAUCUAUACAUAAUUUACUGUAUGAUGUAAUUAGCAUUAAGAAUUUACUUUAAUUUGUAUAGAACGUAAUUUACGAAUACGUUCCUUAUUAAUUUUUGUUUCUUUUUUGUUUGUAAUGUAUUCUUGUGUUAUCUUGCCUUUCAUUUUUAAAGUAAAAAAUUCUUUAUUUCUCAAUCGUAUUUUCAGUACUGCUGAUAGGUCAGUAAGGUUGUCAAUGAAUAGAUCAGCCAGUUAUUGUGAAAUCGGGUUUGUAUUUUUUUUAUUUAUAUAUACUUGUAUCUGCUCCCUGAUGUAGUGACUCAGAAUCAAAAUAUAUAAAAGAAUUUCUUAUAGACAAUCAUAUUCCGAUAUUAAUCUAUUGAAAAUAUAGUUUAUUCCAUAGCCUAUGUUGGCUGGUUGACAUAUUCAGGAAGAGAGGCCUUAUACUCAUUUACAUUUAGAUAAUAUGAUGAAGACGUUAAACAUUUGAAUAAUUGUAAUAUUUUCUCUCUUGAUAUGUAAUAAAUUUAUA